CACAAGGGCGGGUGUGCGCUCAAUAAUUUGAUUGACGUCCUGAAAAAUUUAUGUUUCAGUGGAUUCAGUUGUGCGCGAGCUAUUUAUACUUUCCUGGUUCCGACUGAAAACUGUGAAAACUAGUUGUGUUUAAGUGUUUUGUGAGAUGGUGUUGGAACCAAUGAAUGUACACAGUUCGUCGGGUGUGCUAUUUAACUCCGAAACAAUGUCGGACGGGACAUUAGAAAGAAAUCGUGCGGAAAAAGCUCUUAUUAUAACAAAUAAAACACCAGCUCACUGUCAGUUCUUUAAGAACUCUGGAGUUAAAAAUUACUCUGAUAAAAAUGGCAAUGAAGUGAUUAAAUCGGAUAAUAAAAAUCGAAGGACAUUUGCAUUUUGGGCCCUUGUGGUUUUAAUAUUCAUUUUCGGACUUGGCAAUUUGGCUCUAACAUGUACAAUGCUGUUCGUGAUUCGGCUCGGCAAAGGCAUGGAAAGUAUAGAAUUUCUGCCGGAACAUAACGCGGUCAAAUUCUUCGGUGACACGGAUUUUGAGCACUUGUACAAGAAGGAUGGCCUGAUUGAGAGCUUCAAGGACACCCCGCUGACUAUCUCCAGUGAAAACGGUUCUGUUUUGCUGAACUUGCAGACUAAACCAUCUCGCUACGAGAACAAGUUGACAGUGAACACCUCAGGAGUGUUCGUCCGAGGAGUGUCAGCGAUGGAACUGACAGACCCUGACUCCGGAGACGUGGUGUUCAGCACCGCAGCUACUGAGAUGAACGUGCCCGAUGGAGUGGGCAAUGUUCAUGCUAAGCAAGUAAUAGUAAAACGCAUAGCAGCACCGACAGACGAAGACCUGAUCCUCCGUUCUGAAGCCUCAGCCUAUCUUCGAGGAGCUGAAGGUACACACAUGGAGUCCAAAGAACUGUUCUGGAGUGCAGACCAAGACAUCUACUUAAAGUCUAUAAAUGGUUCCAUAGUUUUAAGCGGUAAAGAUGGCGUCUUCAUCGAUGUACGGUACCUUCCUAUUGCUAGUUCAGUGAAUAGGACUGAUAAAUACAACCAGGGGACUGGUCAGUUCAAGAUUUGCGUUUGUAUGCCUCAAGGUAAGCUGUUCAGGAUCGCUGUGCCCACUGGACAGAAGGUUUCUUGUGCACAUAUUAAUAUGACAGGGGAUUUGAAUCCUUGUAUGUGAAUUUUCUUGGGUUUUGUUCUUUGUAUUGUCAAUGUGUAAUGGGGGUUAGUGUUUUUUUACUUACGAAAUGAGAGCUAGUGUGAAUGUUUUGAGAAAUAGGAAUAGAGAAUUGUGUUGUUUCUUCAGUCAAAAAUUAAUUGUUUCGACUUUUCGAUACAAUAAAAUAAUCACACUUUUUUAAUUAUUAUGUUAUCGGCUUACUCACGUAACUGUUUGACGAGGAACUCGACUAGUUUCAAGUCAUGAAAGUUUCAUUAAUGGAGUUCAAUCCAUGAAUAUGAGCCUCUAGCAUGGCUUGACACUAUUCGAGUUCCUCGUCAAACAGUUACGUGAGUAAGCCGAUAACAUAAUUAGUAUGUCUCACGAAAGUUAUAAAAUUUGUAAUAAAAUUAAUCACACUUUCAUUUAUAGAUUUAAUUUUGAUGAUCUACUUAAUUUUCUAUGUUUUAUUCAUGAGUUAAUGUUCAAAAUGACAAUAUACCAAUAUUUGCUACCUCUUUAUAUUGAUAUGAUUGCAUUUUGAUGGAUUUUAUUAAGUAUUAGAACUACAUAAAUUAACUAAAAAUCACGGUUUACUUACGUAGACACUUACUUACUCAUGAUAAAGAGUCCCUCUUUGAUUCGAAACUAGUAGAGCUUUUCUCCAUUAAUGUACGUGAGUAAACCGUGAUUUUAAGUUAAUUUAGUAUGUCUCACGAUAGUUAUUAUAAAAAUAUAAUAUUUAGGUAAAAUAGUGACAGAAUAGGUGAGGUUUUGUAUGAACAAAAAGUAGUAGGUAAGGAAGGUAUAUAAUAAUAUUGUUUUAUGUAGUAUUGAGUAGCAAAAUAUUCACAUGUUAUAGUCAAAUUCUUAACCUAAUAUGUAAAUAAAAGAAACUAUGCAAAAAUUGUAAGUACUCCAAUAAGUAACUAACCAUCUAACAUAUAAGGUGUUCUAAAAGUAUCUGCCACGGCUUUAAUGGGAGGUAGUGUUGUGUUUGAAGAUUACAAUAGUGAAGAAAUUUCGUACCCUGGACCAGUUAAUACAAUUUGAGAACAUAAAGAAGUUAAAUAAACAUUGACUCUACUCUGUAUAAAGUUUUUCACAAAUUAGCGCGAUACGUCGCUUCGUCAAUAAAAACAAUUGCUAUCUUUUUCUACCGUACGAUGCGGAUCAAUGGACGCAGUUGUAUGAGUUUCUAUACAAGACAAACUAAAAUCCGUUGCGUGCGAUGCGUACGAUGCGGGCCUGUGGACGCUUACCAUUUGUAUUGAUUGAUUAUAAUAUCGUCAUCAUCAACAGCUGGUGACAGUCCACUGCUUGACUAUUGACAUCUUCAACGUAAUUUUUGCAUAGUCUUUGUCCUAGUGUUCAAAUUGUAUAACAUAUCUAAUUUUGUAUAUUAAUAUGUCAAAUUAGUACAAUUAUGUAUGUAUGUUGUUUGUUAACUAGUAAAUAAAUAAUCUAGUCAAUUA